CAAACACCAACCGCGCAAAUACUUUAUUUUUUUACAACUUUUAUUUUGAAAGAAAAGAAAAAAAAAAUAAACAAAAUCCCGAACUUUUUCCCGGAAGUGAAAUCAAGUUUAUUUCCUAUUGUUGACGCCAGUCUGGCGGAACUCCGCGUACACAUCUGCUUCUUUACAUUGUCCGGGUUUUUAUUUGUUUUUAAUAAUGAGUUUUAAACGCGCUCGGUUUGUCGCAUCGUUUAUUUAUUUCUAUUUUUAAUUUUCCCGCUCGUUUAUUUCUUUGUUUGAGCUUUUUUUUUUUUAAAUAAAUAAAUAAAUAAAAGAAAGAAAGAAAGAAAGGAUUUUUGUUAUCGUUGCCGGAACGAAGGAGUGAGUGUUUUCUUUCCCGUCGUCAUGGCCGAGCCGCGGUGUUUCCAGACGCAGCUGAACUCCAUCAUGGAGAUCAUGAGUCGGGCGCUCGUGCGGCAGAUCUGUAAGCUCGUGGACAGCGACCUGGCGACGCUGCGGCUCGAGCUGGAGCGCGCGAUGCGCGACAACGCGGCGCUCGCGGACAAGACGCGCGCGCUCGAGGGCGAAGUGGCGGCGCUGCGGGGCGCGGGGGCGCGUGCGACGCGCGCGCCCCGCACGAGCUGCCGGUCGGUGUGCGUCCAGACGACGGAAGACGCUCCACCAUCCAUUAACGGCAUCUUCGGGAAGGAGUGGUGCUCCAGCCUAUGGGACGGGAGGCCCAGGACUGAACAGGAGGUGGUGGAGGUGGAACUGGACAUAUCUGAGGUUGAAAACGAUGAAGAGAGGAACGUGCGCUCCAUCAAAGAGGAGGUUUCUGACCAGGAAAUCUGCAUCAUCAGUCCAACAUCACGGAGCAGAAAAAAGACGUCAUCAGAUCCUCACAACGUUCCGGAAGACGUAACCGACGAUGACGACAUCCACUUCAUAUCGGCAGGAUUUCCAGAGACCUCGGACGUCGACGUCAUGGCACCAGAUUCCCCAGGAGCCGCAGCGACCAAGCUCAUAUCUAUGGACGGCACUGUUCAGCAUGUCAUCGUGUCAGGCGACGAUGACGACGACGAUGAAGAUGAUGAUGAGGGUGGUGGGGAUGGUGACGAUGAGAACAAUGACAUUAAUGAAGAAGAUCAGCUGGGGUUUGAGCAGCACUGCAUGCCCAUUGAGUUUAUGGAGGGUGACCGGGGCGAAGCUGCGGCGUAUGAGAGGCAGAGCGAGGUGGAGAAGGACGUGGAGCGGGACGUUCUAACCGACCCGGAGUGUAUGUCCAGCUCGGGUGGAGGCAGCACUCACAUUUUUAAUUACUUUGACAGAUUUAAUAUACAUCACCGGGCCGGUCCGGGCAACGACUCGGGCAAGACGGACUUCACGUGUCCCGAAUGCGGUAAGACGUUCCUGCGCCGGAAUGGCCUCACGCUGCACAUGAAAAGCCACCAAAAGCACAACGCGCACACGUGCCGCGUCUGCAAGGUGAUUUUCCCUCAAAAGAACCUCCUCCGGACGCACAAGUGUCUGCCUCCGGAAAAAAUGUCGCCCAAAACAGCGGACAUGCGCUUCCGCUGCGAGGUGUGCAGCAAGUUCUUCCACUCCAAAGCCAAUCUGAAGGUUCACUACGCCGUGCACACGGGCGAACGUCCUCACACGUGCAGCUUCUGCGGAAGAGGGUUCUCGCAGAAAGGCAACCUCACCACUCACGAGCGCAUCCACAAGGGAGAGCGGCCAUACGUGUGCACCCUCUGCGGCAAAAGCUUCACCCAGAAAGGAAACCUGACUCACCACCUGGCUAUUCAUAGCAAGAUGAACGGCAGGAUGAGAAAUGCUGUGGAAAAAUGGCAGUGACAUUAUUAUUAUUUUUGUUUUUUGUUUUUUUUCACGCAGGUUUCAUCUCGGGAAUGAAUUUUUUUUUUAACAGAUUUUAAAAAUCAGUUCCUGUUUCUCUGUCAGUCUUGUGCGUUUUUUUUACUUUUUUCAUGAAAAUCUUACAAGAAACAAAGAACAUGAAGUGAGAAUUUGAUGUAACUAAUGCCUGAGCCACACUAAAAUGGAAUCAAAUGGUCUUAAACAAUUGUGGGUGUGGAGGGUGUGUGUGUGUGUCUUUGAAAGAUGAAUUGUGCUGCUUUGAAAAAGAAAACACACUUCCUGACAUUCCGGCUUUGGCUUCUUGAACAAUCCUGCCUAUUAUGUCACGUUUUAAAAGCAAGCCUGUGAUUGGUGCACUCGAGUUCAUCACGAACGCACCAUCUGCACACUAAACACUCCCACUCGAGGGUAAGUACAAUGUUUAGUAAGGUGGUUUUUAUCUUCGCACGAUCCUCCGAUAUUGUCUACAUAGUUGCAGUUGUAUUAGGUCAGCCCCGCCUCUCCAAAAAGAGCCAAUCAGCUUUUUCUCUUAUAAUUCAGCUUUUUUUGUCAUUAAAAAAAGUUUUUGUCUUUCCAUACAUCUAUCGUUACUUAUUUAUAGGUUCCUAACAGUGAUUUCCAAAGCGCUCUCUCAUCCAUCCAGGUUCAUGAUUUUCUUACCGUCUUUUGUUUACUUUAAGAGAAAGGGUUCGUGCCAAGGUGGCCACCGAAUAGAUCUUCUGCUCUCCUCUGUUCUACCACCACCAACCCCCGGCUCAAAAUCAUAAUAUUUACACACCACCAGAUUCCUACUUGAUCACGAAGAAGAUUUUACGCUCUGAGAGUUAGGAUCAUUCCUGAUUCAUGAGCGUAAACUGAAAGAGCGCAGAGUUUUAUUUAAAAACAUUUUAUCUGCAAUUCUUUAUGGCGUUUUUUUGCACUUCUACAGUACUUUCGGGUGGAUUAAAUGGUGUAGUGUGGCCCAGGCAUAAAGCAUUAAUCUCAGCAUUUUGUUUCUAGUUCAGUAUGUCAAUAGUUACUCUCAAACUACAUUUGUAAGGGGAAGAAAAACGUUGCAUUUGCAUCAUUAGUAUGGAUUUUAUGUAUCGACUUCAAAUAUAUGAUGUAUUUUACAAGAA